UGUCACCUGUCUGCAGUGGACCUGCGUCCGCUCACUUGCCAAUUGCCAACAGAAAUUGGAACCAACUGAAUGCUUCACGAGUCGGUCGCCUGGUCACCGGUCAUAGUCCACACUGCACCUAGUGUCCGCCAUGGCGGCGACAGCGCCCACCGUUCGCCCCACCACGCCGGCAGAGCCGCACGUCCUGGUUGUCCCGUACCCGGCGCAGGGCCACAUGAUCCCGCUCCUCGACCUGGCUGGCCUCCUCGCGUCCCGCGGCGGCAUCCGCCUCACCGUCGUCGCCACGCCCGCCACUGCCCCGCUCAUCGCGCCGCUCCUGGCCGCGCACCGCGACGGCGCCGUCCGCGCGCUCGUCCUCCCGUUCCCGUCCCACCCGGCCCUCCCCGCGGGCGUCGAGUGCGCCAGGGACGCGCCGCCCACGCUCUUCGCCGCGCUCAUCGUCGCCCUCGCGGGGCUCCGCGGCCCGCUCGCCUCCUGGAUCCGCGAGCGAUCGGGCACCCCGGACCGCGUGGUCGCCGUGCUCGCUGACCACUCCUGCGGGUGGGCGCAGCCGCUCGCGGCCGAGCUCGGCGUCGCGGGGAUCGUGUUCUCGCCAUCCGGAGUGUACGGCUCCGCCGUGCUCCACUCGCUGUUCCACCGGGCGCCGAGGCGAGAGGACGAGGGCGACGACGAGAGCCCGAUCGGCUUCCCGGAUCUUCCCGGCGCCCCGGCGUACCCGUGGCAGCAGCUCUCGCUGCUGUACCGGACGUACAAGCAGGGCGACGAGGUCUCGGAGGCGGUGCGGCAGAACUUCCUCUGGAACCUGGAAGGGUCGUCGGCGUUCGUCUCCAACACGUUCCGGCGGCUCGAGGAGCGCUACCUCCGCGCGCCGCUCCCGGAUCUGGGCCUGAGGCGCGUGCACGCGGUCGGGCCGGUGGCGCCGGAGCCCGAUGCCGCGGGCGGGCGCGGGGGGGAGACGGCCGUGUCCGCAGCCGACCUGUGCGCCUGGCUCGACAUGUUUCCGGAGGACGGCUCCGUCGUGUACGUCAGUUUCGGGAGCAUGGCCGUCCUGCAGCCGCCCCACGCAGCGGCGCUGGCCGACGCGCUGGAGCGGACCGGGGUGGCGUUCGUGUGGGCGGCCGGGACGACGGCGCCGCUUCCGGACGGAUUCGAGGAGCGUGUCGCGGCGGCGGGCGGCAGGGGCAGGGUGAUCCGGGGGUGGGCGCCUCAGGUGGCAGCCCUGCGGCACCGCGCGGUGGGGUGGUUCGUGACCCACUGCGGGUGGAACUCGGUGCUGGAGGCCGCGGCGGCCGGAGUGGCGAUGCUCACGUGGCCGAUGACGGCGGACCAGUUCGUGAACGCGCGGCUGCUCGUGGACGAGCUUGGAGCCGCCGUGCCCGUGAGCUGGGGCGGGCUCAGUGCCGUACCGGCAGCGGACGACGUCGCGCAGGUGCUGGAAGCUGCCGUCGGCGGGAACGGUGGCCGGCAACGGGGCGACGUGGUGGCAAGGGCGAAGGAGCUCGCCGCUGAGGCCGCGGCGGCGGUGCGCGAAGGCGGGGACUCGUGGCGGGAGGUGGAGGAGCUGGUGCGGAAGCUGCGCGAGCUCGCGAGCGAGCCAGCAAACAAGAGGAUCUCAGACUCUUUAAGCACCUCAAUUUGAUUCGAGCGAUCCAUGCGUAGUAAUAAGAACUUCAUUCGCUGUACUCAGAUUCUUGCUAUGAAAUUUCAGUUGCUUUAGGCAACGACAUGGAAUGGUGGAAUAAACUUGUGGCACACAGAUGCAUUUGAAGCUGAA